GUGGCUUACCUUUAUUACAUUGGCCUUUUGUAAAAGUAAGGUUGGAGGGGUAUUAAGUAAGAGGAGAAGAAGGAAGAAGUUUUGAAGAGACAGAAACAUAUUGUCACGAGCUGAGAACGCAUUGCUGUGAAUAAAUGGAAGUGUGAAAUAAGAUCAACUAAUAGUCCCUAAAAUCUUUUGCUAAAUUCUGUGUGCAUCCGAAAUUGUUACAUCUGGCGACGAGGAUGAUGGAAAAAAUGAUAGACGAAACUCGCCCGAUUCCUCCUUUCCGAUGCGAAGAGGUCAAUAAAAACCAGCUUGCCAAAGAAUGGAAGAGUUGGAAAUCGGCCCUCGAAAUAUAUUUCGAAGCCUACGACAUCUCUGACCAAAAGAAAAUGAGAGCCAAAUUAUUGCAUUUUGGUGGCAAACAACUGCAGCGUGUGUACGAAAACUUGCCGGACAUUGAUAAGUUACCCUUAGUGUCCACAAAGUCGAACUGGUACGAUGUCGCGGUCGCUAAACUGGACGACUACUUUGAGCCGGGGCGCCAGUAUAUUUUAGAGCGAUGCCGCUUACGUAAAAUUCGCCAAGAGAAAAACGAAAGGUUCGCUCAUUUCGUUCUACGCAUCAGGCAGCAGUUGGCCGAUUGCGGUUUAGAAAAGUAUUCCGCUGACGUUAGGGAAGUGCUAUCUGAAAUAUACGUGAUUGAUGUUAUUGUGGAAGGAUGCGCUUCAGAAGAACUUCGUCGUCGAAUCCUGCAGAAGGACAUUACUCUGGCAGAAGUCGAAGGAAUUGGCGCCAUGAUGGAAGGAGUAGAACAGCAGGUUAACGAGCUAACCUCUCUUUGCGACAAGGAACAAACGACACAGCAAUUACCGGAGAAAGUAUUCCGAAUUCAAACCCGAGGACCGGUUCGAAGAUCCCCAAAACAACAAUCAGGUGAACACUACCGUAAGACACAACCGAACCGGGAUAUCGCUUGCUUCAGUUGUGGUGUAAAAGGUCACAUUUCUUCAUCGGCUGAAUGCAAAGCUCGGAGUCAAACGUGUCGUCGAUGCAAGAAGGUGGGACACUUUGAGGCAGUAUGCCGGAAGCGAUUUGCAUCCACGGAUGUGUCGUCACGUCAAAAACGGGUGCGUUUAAUCGAGACAAGUGAUCAGCAAGUAAACAACCAUCCAGUUCCAGUUCUUGAAGCGGAGCAUAAAACGAGUUCAACUGAUAAACCAUACUACUGUUUUCAUUUUGGAAAUGAAACAAACGUUCUUCAAUGCAUAAUUGGUGGCGUUUCACUAGAUGUUCUAGUGGAUUCAGGAUCUGAUGUUAAUUUGAUUCAUUCGACAGCGUGGGAGAAUCUAAAACAGCAAAGAGUAAUUGUCCAUGAGAUGCAGAAAGGAGGGAAUGAUGUCAUCAAAGGUUACGGCAGUAGUAAACCGUUGAACAUUUUGGGUUCAUUUAGCGCUAAGGUCGAGAUCGGAGAAAAUGCUGCACGUGCGAAAUUCUUCGUCGUGAAAGAAGGUGAGCGUUGUAUCUUAGGCGAUACAACUGCUAAAGCACUGGGUGUUCUUAAGAUAGGAACCGAAGUCAACCAAGUGAAAAACGUUCCUUUCGGGAAAAUAAAAGAUGUGCAGGUACAUAUUCACAUGGAUCCGACGUUCAAGCCAGUGUUCCAACCUGUGCGACGAGUUCCGCUACCUUAUGAGGCUGCUGUAAACACCAAAUUGGACCAACUCUUGGCUCAAGAUAUUAUCGAGGUGAAAUGCACUUAAUUUACUCAAUACAAUUGUUCUUUAUUACUUUAUUAUGCAAUUUGGUACAAUAAUUAGAAAUAAAUUGUUGUUGCCUUAAGCAAAAUAACACUGAAAAUAUUUUCCAUCGUUGUACAUUGCACUAGUUGUUUAAACAAGCAAAAUGCAUUGCAUUUGUUGAUUAUAUUAUUUUAGGUCAAAACUGGUCCGACUAGCUGGGUAUCACCGCUAGUUGUGGUGGGUAAAUCAGAUGGUGAACUACGGGUAUGUUUGGACCUCAGGCGUGUGAAUGAAGCGGUUCUCAGAGAGCGACAUCCCAUGCCAGUUGUUGACGAAUUAUUGGCCCGCAUAGGCAAAGGCGCUAUACGAAGUCGGCUUGAUAUUCGGCAUGCAUUUCUACAAACGGAAUUGGCUCCAGAGUCACGUGAUGUGACGACAUUUAUUACUAGCCGAGGCUUGUUUCGAUUUAAAAGACUUCCUUUUGGGUUAGUAUCCGCUCCAGAAAUUUUCCAGAAAGUAAUGGAAGAAAUUCUGGCUGGAUGUGAGGGUAAGUCAAAUGUUGAUCUACUUUAUGAGCUAAUAUACCCAUUCUAAUAACGAUACCAUUGGAAAAUGAUAGGAACGG